GCAGCUCCUGGGCGCCUUGCGCGGGCUGUCCCCGCAGAGCCGUGCCAGCGCUGAGGGCUGUGGGCCGGGGGCCUCUGGACAUCAUGAGCGUGGGCUUCAUUGGGGCCGGCCAGUUGGCCUUUGCCCUGGCCAAGGGCUUCACAGCAGCAGGUGUCCUGGCCGCCCACAAGAUAAUGGCCAGCUCCCCAGACAUGGAACUGGCCACGGUGUCUGCUCUCAGGAAGCUGGGGGUAAACCUGACACCCCACAACAAGGAGACGGUGCAGCACAGUGAUGUGCUGUUCCUGGCAGUGAAGCCACACAUCAUUCCCUUCAUCCUGGACGAGAUUGGUGCCGACAUUGAGGACAGACACAUUGUGGUGUCCUGCGCGGCUGGGGUCACCAUCAGCUCCAUUGAGAAGAAGCUGCGGGUGUUCCAGCCAGCCCCCAAGGUCAUCCGCUGCAUGACCAACACCCCAGUUGUGGUGCGAGAGGGGGCCACUGUGUAUGCCACGGGCACACACGCCCAGGUGGAGGACGGCCAGCUCCUCGAGCAGCUCCUGGGCAGCGUGGGCUUCUGCACGGAGGUGGAGGAAGACCUGAUCGACGCCGUCACGGGGCUCAGUGGCAGUGGCCCUGCCUACGCGUUCACAGCUCUGGAUGCCCUGGCCGAUGGGGGCGUGAAGAUGGGGCUUCCAAGGCGCCUGGCAGUCCGCCUCGGGGCUCAGGCCCUACUGGGGGCUGCCAAGAUGUUACUGGCCUCAGAGCAGCACCCGGGCCAGCUCAAGGACAACGUCUGCUCUCCCGGCGGGGCCACCAUCCACGCCCUGCACGUGCUGGAGAGUGGGGGCUUCCGCUCCCUGCUCAUCAACGCUGUGGAGGCCUCCUGCAUCCGGACACGGGAGCUGCAGUCCAUGGCUGACCGGGAGAAGGUCUCGCCAGCCGCCAUCAAGAAGACUAUCCUGGACAAGGUGAAGCUGGACUCCCCUGCGGAGGCCUCUUUGUCCCCUUCUGGACACACCAAGCUGUUCCCCCGCAGCCUGGCCCCGGCAGGCAAGAAGGACUGAUGUGUCCGGUCUGCCCACCAUGCUGCCUCCACUUUCUGUGCUCUCCUCACUCAAAGCUCCUGUGCUGGGGGUCUCCAGCUAGGCCUUGCAGAGCGUCCCCACAGUGGCCAGCCACCCGUGGCCCUGAUCAGCUCAGGGGUCAGCUGGGGUCUGAGCCAGCGGCCUGGCUCAUUUGCCAGUGGAAAUCUCCACGUCUCCAAGUGCUUCCCACCCAGGACAGAGAACAGAGGUGGAUCCUCUGACCUCAGCCUCCCUUUGCCUCUGCGCCCAAACCAAGUCAGGACCCCCUUCCUCUGGGAGCUCAGGAGGCCUGGAGGGUCUUCACCCAUUCCUACCUCCAGUGUCAGCUGGUUCAGGCCUGGUUCUUUCCCGUCUCCUGCUGCCUUCCCUGCCGCCACUCACGGGGAGUUGCCUGUCCUUGCGCGGGGCCCAGAGGGUCCCAGGCAUGAGGGACCACAGCUCCUCUUGGCCAGCUGCCAGGCACCCGUGUUCCCAUUGGACAUUUGAGAAAAGGGCUCCUCAGAUAACUCAUGAACUUCCUGCUGCCACCAGCACUCAAGCCACCAUCCCCUGUUCCUGGCCCAACUGGCGGGAUGCUGUCACUCCAGCCCUCUACAUUAUAUAAAUUGGU